AUGUCCUGCUCACUGCUCAGUUUGAUUUCCCACGGGCACAGCUUCAUCAUUUUUCCUGGCGACGCCCCACUCGCAGGCCCGGCCGGCCCAGCCUGGACAGCACGGCCCCAUGCCAGGAUUUCUCAGAUGAUCCGACUCACAGGUUUCGAGAGAUAUGUGCGGAGUUUGAGGUCAGGUGGUCUGCUGCCGAACAAGCCAAUGGCCGCCCUCCUCUUGCCAGGGCAGAGAGAGGCAGAGGGGAUUGCAACAGGCCAAGUGCAAGAAGAUCUCUCUGGUCCCUCACCGGCGCUCAAGCAGUCCCUUCAAAAUCCGUCUGACCGUCCCUCCGCGCUAGAGCAUCGUUCGAAUCUUUGGUCAUCUAUCCGGGCCGCUCCAGGCUUCCCAGGCGGCUUUUCAGACUGGUGGCUCACGAGAGAGAACAGGCUACAGGGUGAUCCAAGCACCGUCCCACUCGCUUGUCCUGCUCAGUCGGUGGUGGAAAUUCUGUUUCUGUCCUUCCAGGCCAAUUUCAGGGCCUUCGAACGUUCUCUGUUGGGUCAACGGAGAGCUGCGGCUGUUGAGAGGCGACAUAAGAGCCCCGCACUCAUCUUUAAUGACCUGCGGCUGCCCGGAAAGGCCCCAGUUGAGUCCCUGGUUGAAACAUGCUCCGCUACCAUAGCCGAAGUGCUUUCAGACGAAGCUGCUGUUGAAACCACGGAUCCAGCAAACUGGAAGCCCGAUCUCCCCUUCACUUGUGAUGGUCUUCCUUUGCACGUCCUGCACUCAGAGGAAGAUAAGCUUUGGGUUAUGGACGCCACGCCCCUUGCCCCAGGCAUGCAGGUAGAGCAGAAGCGCCUUGUGGGUUCUUUGUUGGAGAUUUUUUCGGAGUUCGGUGCUGAAUGGGGCAAAAGAUGGAUGAAGCAUGAAGGGGUCGAUGCACAGCAAUGGCGCCAUCUUGCAGAAGCUGUUGUAGCCUUCGCCCCUUUUCCGGAGCUGCGUUUGGAGCCCAUUACGGCCGUCAGGUGGCGCAGGGCUCUCCUAGAAAAGUCUCCCCACUGUGCACCAGGCCCUGAUAAUCUCUCCCGUGAAGAUUUGUUGGCUUUCCCUGCCUGCCUCACUUCUCAGCUUCUUGACUUGCUGAAUGAGGCAGAGUCGUCUGGUCGUUGGCCUCAGCAACUCCUGGACGGCAUCAUCAGUUCCUUGGAAAAGGUGCCUGGGGCCUCUAAGGUAAGCCAGUACAGACCCAUCUGUGUACUGUCACUUGUCUAUAGGACGUGGGCCUCCAUCCGCACCAAAGAUGCCCUUUGUCACCUCGCGCAGCAUGCACCCCCGGGGCUUCUGGGAAAUAUCCCGGGUUUCAGUGCUUCCGAUGCUUGGUGCACCUUGCUUCUCCAAGUUGAGGAAUCCCACCAUUCCGGGACCUCCCUUUUUGGACUGUCUGCAGACUUGAUUAAGGCAUACAACACUCUGCCAAGAUUGCCAGUAGCAGCCUUUGCAAAGGUGUGUGGAAUCCCAGAUGGGAUUCUGACUCCAUGGCUCUCCGCCUUGUGCCAAUUGCGCCGCCACUUCAAGGUUCGCGGUUCGGUAGGGCCGCCAAUUCUGUCCUCAACAGGAUUUGCGGAGGGUGACCCUCUUAGCUGUUUGGCUAUGGCGGUUGUCAACAUUGCCUACCACUUCAGUUUCGCAAGCACGCCAGGCGUAGGGAGGGCCCUCUCCUAUGUGGAUAAUUGGCACGCCAUUGGCAGGACGGUGGAUGAACUCCAAGCUUCGCAUGCGGCAAUCAAUGAUUUCGCCCGAGCCUGGGACUUGCCAAUUGACACCGAGAAGACUGUCUUUUGGUGCACGCACACCAAGGGGCGACAAAAACUGCGUGACGCCGGUUUCCGGGUCACACUGGAUUUCCGUGAGCUUGGCGCCCACUUGCGCUCCUCGAAGCGAGGCACCAAUUUCACUCAGACAGAUAGGAUUCGGGCCUUGGAAGCGAAGUGGCCUCUCCUCCGGGACUCUUUGGCCCCUUUGGAACAAAAAAUCGGAGCAUUGAGCAGCGCCGCAUGGCCCGCUGCCUUUCAUGCAGUGAGUGCCGUCAGUGUCGGCAACUGCCACUUUGUGCGAUUGCGCUCUGCAGCCAUUUUUGGCUUGGGCCUCCGUGCCCCAGGAGCCAACCCUAUGCUGCAGCUUUCUCUCACGGGACACCCCCUUUCGGACCCCGAAUUCUUUGUCCUCCAAAGCUCCUUUCGUGAUGCCAAGUUUCUGGCUGGCCCAGAAGCCCUGACCCCUCUGCUGGACCAGGCGGCCUGCGCAACGGGUCCACCACAUGGGCCGGCGGCUUUGCUCCUCGCCAGGGCCAAUAGUGUGGGCAUCUACUGGGAUGUUGCCGAGUCUGCAUUCUGUGACAAUUGGGGCCAGAUAUACCUUUGGGAAAUCUCGUGGCCGGAGCUGCUGGACAGGUUGGCCAGGAUGUGGCAAAUUAGGGUCCAGCACCAGCUGAGCACUCGGCACACCUUCGCUGGUUUAGAAUCCUGCGAUCCUCUCCUCACACGCGUUGCUUUCAAGUCCUUUCCCAGGUCCACGCAAGGACUGUUGCGGGUUUCGAUGAACGGCACCUUCUUCACAUGCGAUGCACUGUGUCACGCUGGACAGGCCGAUUCUCCGAAUUGCUCUUUCUGCGGUGCUUCUGAUUCCAUUCGGCACCGACUGCUGGAAUGCCCACACUUUCAGAACGAGAGAGAUGCCUGCGAGAUGGACAGACAUCAGCUUCUGGAGCUCGCUCCUGCUCAGCUUUUGCAUUGCUGGGCACCCUCCUUUCCGGGAAUGGAUUCCCUCCGCAUAGCUUUGGCUGCUCUUCCGUUCCACUUCCAGGAUUUUCACCCUCACCCGGAGUGGAAUGCGUACCACCUCUUUGUGGAUGGGAGUUGCUUGCGCCUAGAUGCGCCCGCACUUAGGCUGGCCUCGUGGGCAGUUACCAUUGCUCCUUUGGGGGACUUCGCCCCCCCUGUUCCGGUUGCCGAUGGACUUGUGCCUGGACUUUUACAGUCCGCCUACCGGGCAGAGCUGUGUGCUAUGGUUUCCGCACUUCUUUUUGCCGUUCGAAAGGCUAGGAGGGUCUGGAUUUGGUCAGACUGUUUGGGGGUUGUGUCUAAAGUACGCAGAUGGUUGCAGGGAUCUUGGCGACCUACGCAGCGAACUCGCCACUUUGACUUGUGGCGGUGCAUCCUUCCCUAUCUGCUUGAUUUGCAGCCGUUGGUGCAUGUCUGUAAGGUUACUUCCCAUUUGGAUCCUGCACUCGAAGCAACUGUUGGUGAUGAGUGGUGCGCUUACCGCAACAACCAGGUUGAUUCCGCUGCCGCCAACGCGCAACUGGCCAGAGAGUCAUCUUUCUGGGAGAUUUGGGAAGCUUUCUGCUCUCACUGGGAUCGCGAGGUCCGCAUUGCCAAGGAUGUUAUGGCGCUGCACGUGCGGGUCGGUCACAAAGCAGUGGUUACACGACAACCGCUUGUUUUUUCGACACCUGCUACUGAAGCCAUUCCGUGUGAGUUGGCAGAUUUGGGACACUUUUCGAUGGAGCGCGGCCAGAAACUCCUGCGCAGGUAUGGCGAGGCUGCCAUCCGAAAGCUAGAGCAAUGGUCUGCUCUCUUGAGAAGCCAGGAGGAGCCGGUUCGUUGGGUUUCCACAGUACAACUCUUUCUUGGGUUUGCCAUGCGAUUCGGCCUUCCUCAGGUACUACGUGACGGAGUUUGGGUUGACCUGUCUGACAUUGUCAAUGGCAGGCUCGUUCAGAUUCCUAUCGCAGUGCGGAUUCGCUGGUUUGCUCGGCAGUUGAGGGAGUUUGCGGCAAGUUCACAGUCCAGUUGGCGCAGUAAGGAGUGCCGACCGCACUCAGUUGCCUUGCAGGUUAAGAUGACGUGUUUCCCAAUUCAGUGGCCUUCCGAUCUGCACAGGGAAGUUGAGCAGUUUCUGACGCGGCAUCUGCCCGGAGGAGUUGUUUCUGGAAACAGCAGGGCCUGGAGGCAGAUGCCUCUACCGUAG